UCUGCGCUGCACCACCUCACUGUAAAGCAGUCCACACAGUGGCUGUGUACCAGUCCGCCCAGUGACUGUUCAUGUGGUCCAACUGGGAAACGCAGGCGGGAUCAUCAUCAGUGACUGACUGCUUUCAUGUGUGUGACAAUAACUUAUUAUUUUUGUCAGGUGCUGGCUCGCUUUAAGAUGAUCUGUUCACAUGUUCAGACCACUGGCAGCUGAAAUGCUGAAGAACUGAAAGAACCAAACGACAGGAGGACCAACACUCUGCAAACACUCCACCACAUCGCACACAGGCAAUUGCAUCCUGGUGGCUGAGAGGGGGUCAACUAUCCAGAAGCCAACAUGGCUGACGAGGUGAAUGCAUUGCCAUUCUUCUAUGGAAACAUCACCAGGGAGGAGGCAGAGGACUACCUGCAGCAGGGGGGCACAAGUAACGGCCUGUACCUGCUACGGCAAAGCCGAAACUAUCUGGGUGGCUUUGCACUGUCUGUGUUGCAUUCAGGCCGCUGCUACCACUACACCAUUGAAAGAGAACCCAAUGACACAUAUGCUAUCGCUGGAGGUAAAAGCCACAGGAGCCCUGUGGAUGUGAUCGACUACCACUCCCAGGAGACGGACGGCCUUGUGUGUCUGCUAAAGAAACCCUGCAACAGGCCCAAGAACAUGCAGCCAAAGGUGGGGCCGUUUGAGGACCUGAAGGAGAAACUGAUCCGAGAGUAUGUGAAGCAGACAUGGAACCUGCAGGGAGCAGCUCUGGAGCAGGCCAUCAUCAGCCAGAGGCCUCAGCUGGAGAAGCUCAUCUCCACCACGGCACAUGAAAAAAUGCCCUGGUUCCAUGGAUCGAUAACCAGAGAGGACUCUGAGCCCAGGCUUCAAAACGGCUCCCGUACAAAUGGAAAAUUCCUGAUCCGACAGAGAGAUGCGAAUGGAUCCUACGCUCUGUGUUUGCUCCAUGAAGGACAGGUGAUGCAUUAUCGCAUUGACAGGGACCGGACCGGCAAGCUGUCCAUCCCCGAUGGCAAGAAGUUUGACACCCUGUGGCAGCUAGUGGAGCACUACUCAUACAAACCAGACGGCCUGCUGCGAGUACUAACAGAGCCCUGCGCCAGACCUGACGGGGCCACGAUAGGACAGACGUUCCUUUCACGGGACCAUCCUGGAUUAUCCUCUACCUUGCACAAUGCUGCAGGUGGAAUUCUCUCCAGACUCAGAACAGUUCCCAUCCCUGGCCUGAAAAAGAACCGCGGAUCUCGACACAACACCAAGGAUAAUCUCAAUCCCUAUGAGACCAGGGUGCCCAACAGUCAAGCAGCCAGCAAAGAGGCCAUGCCGAUGGACACAGAGGUGUAUGAGAGUCCGUACGCAGACCCAGACGAACUGAGAAGCUCCACAGUGGAUCGCAGCCAGCUCUACCUGGAGGAUGGAGAACUGGGCUCUGGGAACUUUGGGACAGUCAUGAAGGGAAUCUACAAGAUGAGAAAGAUAGAGAAACCAGUCGCAGUCAAAAUCCUGAAGAAUGAUGACAACAACCAGUCAGUGCAUGAGGAGAUGCUGCGAGAGGCCAAUGUUAUGCAGCAGCUGGACAACCCUUACAUCGUGCGGAUGAUCGGGAUCUGCGAGGCAGAGAGCCUCAUGCUGGUCAUGGAGCUGGCCGAGCUGGGGCCGCUCAACAAGUUCCUGCAGAAAAACAAGCAGACGACCAUAAAGAACAUCACAGAGCUGGUCCACCAGGUGUCGAUGGGGAUGAAAUACCUGGAGGAGCAUAACUUCGUCCACAGGGACCUCGCUGCCAGGAACGUGCUGCUGGUCACGCAGCACUAUGCCAAGAUCAGCGACUUCGGCCUUUCCAAAGCUGUCGCUGAGGAGCAAAACUACUAUAAGGCUAAAGGUCAUGGGAAGUGGCCAGUGAAAUGGUACGCUCCUGAGUGUAUAAACUACUUCAAAUUCUCUUCCAAAAGUGACGUGUGGAGUUUUGGGGUACUCAUGUGGGAGGCCUACUCCUACGGCCAAAAACCAUACAAGGGAAUGAAAGGAAAUGAUGUCAUGCAGAUGAUUGAAAGUGGACAACGUAUGGAUGCUCCAGUCAACUGUCCACAAGAGAUGUAUGAGCUCAUGAGGUCCUGCUGGACAUACAAGGUGGAAGAAAGACCUGCGUUUACUGUUGUUGAGCCAAGACUACGAGAGUAUUAUUAUGACAUUGCACAGUGAGUCUCCUCAUGGAUGUUAUGAUAUUAUGCAAAACCAAAAACUGCAUUUAUUCAUGUCUAAAUGGCUGGAGAUGGUUAUGGAUUAUUAUGCUGUUGUAAAAUAUUAACUUCACCUAGUGGAUUAAUUUCAACAGUACCAUCAUUAUGCAAAUGCCAUUUAUUUGAUUAAUUUUCAUGUUCCUUCCUGAAUGUAAACAAUAUGAGAGUUGUAAUAAAAAGAUACAAGUCGAGCUUAUUUUAUGAACAAACAUUCGUGUUACAGCUCACAAACUACACAACUCAUUCAUGCAGUAGUCUUUUAUACUAUUUGUGGAUGGAGCUGCACCAACAUGAUGUCAUUGUAGUUAACCCUUUGAAACCUGGCCAAAUUGGCUUGAUAUCUUUCAAAAACAUGGAAAGAAGGCGAUGAGCAACACAAGAAAUGAUCCCAAAAUUAGUAAGAAUUACUAAUUCGUAAGAAAAGUAAAGGUUACCUGAAAAUUAGCACACAAAAAAUUGAAAAUUAAAGAAACAAGAAUAAUAUAAGAAU